CUCCUUUGGGCGCCAGGAGUCGGCGGCGCGCGUGGCAAAUGGAGUGGGUCCUUGCGGAAGCGUUGCUCGCGCAGAGCCGGGACCCGCGGGUCCUGCUCGCGACGCUGUGCCGCGGGGAGGCGUCCGCCGAGCGUGUGGAGACCCUGCGCUUUCUCCUGCAGAGACUCGAGGACGAGGCGGUGCGCGGCGGCGGGGACGCGCUCCCAGAGGCGGCGCGCGAGGUCGCCGCCGGGUACUUGGUGCCGCUGAUGCGCGGCCUGCGCGCGCGCCCCGCGGGAGCCACGGACUGCGACCCGCCGGCCCCGCACCGCCGGCGCCUGUUGACUGCGGCGGGGGCGGCCCUCCGUUCGUGCGCGCGCCUCGCGGGGGGCUCUCAGCUGGCGACCACGCUGGCCGAGGAGGCGCUGCGCGACCUGCUGGCCGCGGGGCCAGCCCCCGGCCUUGAGGGGGUUGCCGAGGUAGCCGUGGAGGUGCUGGCGGCCGUGGGACCCUGCCUCCGGCCCCGCGAGGACGGGCAGCUGCUGGAGCGCGUGGCGCAGGCCGCGCUCUCCCUGGCGCUGGCCGGGGACGGGGAGGCGGCGGCGCUGGCGUCCGGGAGGCUGCUGCCGGCUCUGGGCCAGAGCGGCGGGGCAGUGCUGCGGGCCGUGUGGGGCGGGCUGUUGUCGCCGACAGAGCCGGGCCGCGUGGGUCCGAGGCUGCAGGUGCUGAGCGCCCUGGCCGAACGGCUGCUCCCGGAGACCGACGAGCACCAGAGAAGCCCGGACGCGCGAUGCUGCACGCGGUUCUGGCAGACGGUGCAGGCGGGGCUGGCGCUCGCCGAGGACGCGCUGACGCGCAAGCGCGCGCGCUACCUGCUGCAGCGGGCGGUGGAGGUGUCGGCCGAGCACGGCGCGGACUGCAGCUCUGGACCCCGGGAAGGAAACGGCCCAAGUCUGUUUUGGUGGUCUGAGAAGAGAAAAGACGAACUUCUGAAGUUUUGGGAAAACUAUAUUUUAAUUCUGGAAACUCUAGAAGGAAACCAGAUACAUGUUAUAAAGCCCGUUUUACCAAAGCUAAACAAUCUGUUUGAAUAUUCAGUGUCAGAGGAAAACGUCCACCCGGAGAAACAGGAUGCGGGGCUCCCGUGUCAGCCCGAGACCUUCCCUGAGAGCCGGUGGCUCCUUCACCCCUCCUGGCACUUGUGCAUUUACAAACGGAUGUUUGAGAGUGAGAACAAAAUCCUGACCAAGGAAGGCGUGAUCCACUUCUUGGAGCUCUAUGAAACGAAGGCGCUUCCGUUUUCGCCAGACGUUUCCGAGUUUAUUAUCGGACCAUUGAUGGAUGCACUUUCGGAGAGCUCUCUAUAUAGCAGGUCGCCGGGCCAGCUGAUGGGAAGUGGCUCUCCACUGGGAUUGAAAUUACAGAGGUUUCUAGUCACUUACGUGUCUCUUCUUCCAGAAGAACUAAAGAGUAGUUUUUUGUUGAAGUUUAUUCAGAAGAUGACCAGUAGACACUGGUGUGCUGUCCCCAUCUUGUUUCUGUCCAAGGCCCUGGCCGGCAUCCCCAGGUGCAGAGCCCUGGGCCUGGAGGGGCUUCUCGCUCUCAGGGACGUGCUGCAGUGCACCAUGGCCACGCACCAGAUCCUGCUGCGGGGCGCGGCGCAGGGCUACCUGCUCCAGACAGCCAUGAACUUGCUCGACGUGGAAAAAGUGUCACUUUCCGACAUCUCAGCUUUUCUCCUGUCGCUGAGACAAGAGGAGUCCUUAGCUCGAGGAACGUCACUGUGGACAGAGCUCUGUGAGUGGCUGCGUGUUAAUGAAAGCCGUUUUGGGCGACCCUCAACCUGCAGCUCCGUCGGACUUCAGGAGACAUGCUCUUUGAAUGCUUUUGUGAAGAACCUGGUUGAAGAGUAUGUGAAGCCACCUGCUUGGGAAGCGGGAGAGACCUGCUGGAUGCCCGACUGGGCAGAAGCCAGGCUGGUCGCCCUGAUGGUCUUGCUGGCUGUGGACGUGGAAGGAAUGAAGACGCAGUACAGUGAGAAGCGGAGGACGCAGAACGUGUUGAGGAUGUUCUUGGACCCUCUCCUGGACGCCCUCGGGAAGCUGGGCGCCAACGCCUACAUGCCGGUGCUGAAAGCCGACAGGUGCCUGCAGCUGCUGGUGAUGCUCCUGCACGCCGGCGCGCCGAGAGGUCCCCGCGCCCCAGACGACAAGGUGUCUCCGCUCCUCCAGGACCUCGUGGCGGCCUCAGCCGAGAGCAUCUCCCAGUUCGUCCUCAGGAGACUCACCAUGAGUGAGCUGAGCAGCGUUCCCGACCUGGACCGUGGCCGCUUGUACCUGCAGGUCUUCACGGAGCUCACAGGUCUCCACCGGGAGGCUGGGUGGAAGAGAGGCAACCCCGUCUGGAGAGUGGUUUCUCCUUUGAAAACCGCGUGCGUUCGGCAUCUUCAAGACACAGAUGGUGGACAGGAGCUGACGCUGGGGGGGCAGGUGCAGAGGGUAGUCAGCAUGGCGGCCUUGGCCACGGUGUGCAAGGUCACGGACCAGAAGCUGGAGCUGCAGCCGGACCCGCCGGAUGCUGGGCCCGUGGAGAGGUUCCUGGCCUCCCUCCCGCUCAAUCAGAUGCUGCCGAAGCCGUGCCCGGAGGAGCAGAACAGUGACUUUGAAGAAUCGUCAUCUUCCCAAGGAUGGGGGAAAAUAGCUGCACAGUAUAUUCAUGACCAGUGGGUCUGCCUCUCCUUUCUGUUGAAAAAGUACCACACCCUCCCGCCGCCCUCAGAGGGUGGCCCCCCGGAGCCUGUCCUGCCUGCCGUCGAGAUGCCUGCGAGGACGCUGCAGUCCGCGCUAGAAGCCCUCACCAUCCUUCCCUCCGACCAGGUCUUACCUGUGUUCCACUGCAUGAAGCUUUUGGUUCCCCAGCUUCUGGCCUCCUCCGAAUUGCUCUGCAUAGAGGCUUUCGACAUGGCGUGGAAGGUUAUAUGUUCUUUAAGCAACACUCAGCUGAUAUUCUGGUCUAGUUUAAAAGCCUUUGUCCAGUUUGUUUUUGAUGCCAAAGUUCUUACCAUCGCUGCAAAAAUCAAGGGCCAGGCAUAUUUCAAAAUAAAAGAGAUUAUGUACAAGAUGAUUGAGAUGUCUGCUGUAAAAACCGGAGUCUUCAACACCCUGAUAACUCACUGCUGCCGGUCCUGGGUGGCUCCUGCUUCAGAGGUGACCCCCGGGUCUCUGUCAACUGCCAAACAGUACGGCGAGCUGGUCCUCGAGGCUUGUGUGUUCGGAACUGUGUUCAGGCGUGACCAGAGACUCAUUCAGGACGUCCAGACCUUCAUAGAAAAUCUCGGACAUGAUUGUGCAGCAAAUGUUGUCAUUGAAAAUACCCAAAGAGAGGACCAUUAUGUCAGAAUCUGUGCUGUCAAAUUCCUGUGUUUAUUAGAUGGUGCUGACAUGUCUCAUAAACUGUUCAUGGAGGAUCUUGCAAUCAAGCUAUUAGAUAAAGAUGAGCUGGCGUCCACGUCUAGGGCGCGGCACUACGUGAAUUCUCAGCAACACAGAGUGAAAAACCGAGUGUGGCAGGUUCUGCUGGUCCUUUUCCCCAGAUUUGAUCAGAAUUUCUUGAAUAGAAUCAUUGACAAGAUUUUCCAGGCCGGCUUCAGCAAUAACCAGGCAUCCAUAAAGUAUUAUAUAGAAUGGAUCAUUAUAUUGAUCCUUCACAAGUUCCCUCAAUUUUUUCCGAAGUUCUGGGAUUGCUUUUCUUAUGGGGAAGAGCACCUGAAAACAAGCAUCUGUACAUUCUUAUCAGUUUUGUCGCAUUUCGACAUCAUUACUCAAAACAUCCCAGAGAAGAAGCCCCCCCUGAAGCGGGCCCUGGCCGUCGUGCUCCGCUGGGGCCUCAGCCACAACUUCAGCGUCCGGCUGUACGCGCUGGUGGCGCUGAAGAAAAUCUGGGGCAUGUGUAAGACGUGGCAGGUGGAAGACGUGGACGCCGUGAUGCCCGUGAUCGAGUCCAGCCUCAGUCAAGUGGAGAACAUGCACGGAGCGGGGAACGCCAAGAGGAACUGGCAGCGCAUCCAAGACCACUUCUUUUUCGCGGCAUUUCACCCGCUGGAGGAUUACUGUCUGGAGACCAUAUUUUACAUCCUCCCGCGCCUCUCAGGCCUCGUCGAGGACGAGUGGAUCCCCAUAGACAAGUUCACCAGGUUCACGGACCUUCUGCCGGCAGCCGGGCUUCAGGGCUACCUCUGUGCGACUCAGCUCCGUGACCUGAGACCGGGGGACUGGGCUCAGCAGGACACAGGCUCUAACUCAGGCGAGGCGGACAGCCCGUCCGAGUGGACUGACGUCCAGAAGAAGGUGAUCCCGUGGAAGAACAAUGUUCCUGAUUUGGACCUGGAGCUAGUGUUUCAGGACCGGGCUUCCAGGCUGGGGAAGUGCACCGGCAGCCUGAUUGUGGUGGCCUCGCUCAUUGAUAAGCCAACCAAUCUAGGAGGGCUGUGCCGCACCUGCGAGGUGUUCGGGGCCUCGGCGCUGGUGGUCGGCAGCCUUCAGUGUGUCCACGACAGACAGUUCCAGCACCUCAGUGUCUCCGCAGAACAGUGGCUUCCUUUAGUGGAGGUGAAGCCAACGCAGCUGAGGGAUUACCUGCAGCAGAAGAAAGCCCAAGGCUACACGGUCAUCGGCGUGGAGCAGACCGCGCGGAGCGCCGACCUGACCCAGUACUGCUUUCCCGAGAAGUCCCUGCUCCUGCUGGGAAACGAGCGUGAAGGAAUCCCAGCAAACCUGAUCCAGCAGUUGGACGUGUGUGUGGAAAUCCCUCAGCAGGGCAUCGUCCGCUCGCUCAACGUGCACGUGAGCGGGGCGCUGCUGGUCUGGGAGUACACCAGGCAGCAGCUCCGCCGGCAAGGGGCACCCCGCCGCGAGGCCCUGCGGUCAGCUGCUGGUGCUGCGGACACGUUGUGUUACAAAGGAAACCAUCUGGACUAAUGAAGUCCAGUCUGAAUUUACUGGGAUAAUUUGUACAUUUUUUCUUACAAUUUAAUGCCAAACUUUUCCAUGUGCCUUAAACACAUUACUGUGUUGUCCCCUUCAAACAUUUUUAGCUAAAUUGUAUUGCUUCUUUAGUAAAAUGUUUUAAGCAAUUGUGGAAAUAAACAUAUAUUUUUGAAAGAU